AAAAGGACCCUUUUUGUUUGCAUUUGCUGUCUGAGUUUCUUAUUUUACGCCCGAAUCUGGCCUCACUCCCCCUGGGUUACCACAUUUUGGUGGAGAAUGCGGGCGUGACGGUCUGUCGCUAAAGAUUCAGGCUAAAAUAGGUACUCCGAGAGAGACACGGAGAACCAUGGAGAAUGCACUGACACAGCUCAUCCAGACCCAAACCCAGCAGGCCCAGAGUCUUCAAGCCUUACAGGACGCCAUCACUACUCUUGGACAGCAUCUGGUAAAGCCAGAGAGGCCUACGGAACCCAGUAAAGUUCUCACCAAGCAGACCGGUGAGGAUGACAUUGAGGCCUACCUAGAGGUUUUUGAAAGGACUGCAGAGAGGGAACGUUGGCCUAGAGCACAAUGGGCAGGAAUUCUAGCCCCUUUUUUAAUUGGCGAAGCUCAAAAAGCCUGCCGGGACCUUUCCCCCGCUGACGUAAACCAGUAUGGGGCAUUGAAAGCUGCGAUUUUGGCCCAUUAUGGACACAACCUGCAGACGAGGGCCCAACAGUUCCACGCCUGGGAGUAUGACGCUACUGCCCCAGUGCGGCUGCAAAUUGCAACGCUGAUGCGAUUGACACGCAGUUGGUUAACCUCGGGGGAGGGGCCUCCAGCGAUUGACAGAGUUGCCAUGGAUCGCUGUAUCAGAGCCUUACCCGGGGGUGCCAAACGACACGCUUCUCAAAGCUGCCCAGAGACAGUAGAUGCCCUAGUGACGCUGUUGGAGAAUCACCAGGUCACGGUACAGUUGAUGCAAAGCAGUAGGCCACCCAGCCAAUCGGACCCCAGGAGAGACAGGCUGAGGAAGAGCGACACGGAGGCACUGGGCCCAAGCCCGAGGCCCCAAGGGGGUCCGCCCCAGCCAUCCCUCCAGCGCCGCCCCUUUGUGAAUCCGGACCGGCGAAAAUGCUUUGCCUGUGGACAAGAGGGCCAUAUAGCGUGGAAUUGUCCGGGAGAAGACAUUCUGAUGCCUACGGCGGGCUCCUCCGACUCCCCACGGAAGGCCGACAGCUAUCUUACCACGUGCUGGGCUCAUGAGGGCGCAAGGGCCCCAAAGCUGCCGGUCAGAAUAGGGACCCAGGAUGCUGAAGCCCUACUCGACUCCGGCAGUGCGGUCACCCUCCUACGGCCCGGGUUGACCUCUGGCCCCAGGGGACCCCCUAUCCCAGUCUCCUGUGUCCACGGGGAUUCACGAGAGUAUCCCACGACCCACAUUAAGGUCCAGACCACCAGGGGCACAUUUGAGGUUGUUGCGGGCUUAGUGGAAAAUCUGCCGGUACCAGUGCUGAUUGGGCGGGACUGCCCGAUAUUCUGGCGUUUGUGGGCAUGCAGGACUGCUGGCCACCGAAGAAACUGUCCCACCAAGAAACCUGGUAGGGACCAGAAAGUCAAGGUGGCACAUGCCUGUGCAGCCCCAUCUAGCCCAACCACGUCAUCUGCAGAAGGGACAGAGGAGGAGGCCCUGGCCCCAGCGGAGGCCCCGGCCCCAGCGGAGGCCCCGGCCCCAGCGGAGGCCCCGACAAGGAGGGAUCCCCGACUAACUGAAGGGUCUUCGAACGAGGCUUUUUCGGAGUUCCCACUGGCAGAAGAGGCAUCUUCCACCAGGCCCGGGCAGUUUGGGACGGCCCAGUGGGAGGACCCUAACCUGGAACAAGCGCGACAGAACCUGGCUGUGGUCGAGGGAGAACCGGUGGCGGGGGUAAGUGCUAGCACCUUUCCACACUUUUCAAUCAAGAAUGGCCUCUUGUAUAGGGUGGCAAAGCUGGAGGAACGGGUGGUGGAACAGUUGCUAGUCCCCAAGCGCUAUAUUAACAAAGUGUUGUACCUAGCCCACUCCCACCUGUUGGGAGCUCAUUUGGGGGUGGAGAAAACCUACGACCGAGUCCGGGAGCGCUUCUACUGGCCGGGGGUGAAGAAGGCGGUCCAGGAUUAUUGCCAAAUCUGCCCACAAUGCCAGAAGACGGCGCCGAAGUGCCCCAGGCGUCCACAGGGUUCUCACCAUUUGAGCUGCUGUAUGGACGGAGACCCAGGGGCAUGCUGGACCUGGCCAAAGAAGCAUGGGAGCAACAGCCAUCAGCCCAUCGCUCCGCCAUAGAGUAUGUCGACCAGAUGCAGGACAGGAUGGCUAAGGUAUGGCCCCUGGUGCGGGAGCAUAUGCAACAAGCCCAACACGCCCAAGCCAGAAUCUAUAACCGUAGAGCUCAGCUACGGGAGUUCCAGCCGGGAGAGUU